GGAAGCUUGUGAUGGAUAGGUUUCUCAGUGUCUCUUACCUACACCGAAUACACCCAAUUGAACAUACAUAUUUAAGUCUUCAUAAAGCCGGCCGCUGUGCAUUUGGAUGGAUACGCUUUAGAUAGUGACAUUCAUACGAGCAUUGUGUCAUUUUCAUCUGUUCAAGUGGAUUUCUGUUCCAGUAUUCGUGAUCACUGUAUAACCAUCGACAGAAACGAGAUGAUGUGUGCGUAUAGUUAUUUCGUAUUAUUUUAAUAUGCACGUAGUAUUUGGAUUGCAAUGAGAAACUAGCGCGAGCUCAUGUGUUUUACAGUGUACUUCUUCAAGAGAUCAUGUACGUCCCACAGGUCCACGUUCGAGAGCGAGAAUGGGCUCCCUUGAAAAUAGAAGGCUCUCCAUCAACGAAUGAGCUUACUCGGACGACCGAUGUAUAGCAACACUACAAGGACAGAGAAGGACCACACAUGAUUAUUUCCCUCGAAGAGAAGUGCACUCGAACACUCAGACUACGUCCUCGAACAGCGCAGUUCCGGGCGAGAAACAACAACAGCAACAUCAUCAUGCACACGCAUUAUCAACACUAGAACAGCACGGCACUAAAACUGCAACUCCCCCGCAGAACAACAACACCACCAUCACCACCAGCAACAUCGCCCUUCAAAGAGAACAAGCUCCACAAAGUCGUGAUCUCGCGAGCGGUUCUCUGAAUCUGGUCCGAGUCGCACUCACCGGAAAUCGACCGCAGCAUCGUUGUUCGUGCGGGCAGCGCUCUCAAGAGAGAGAGGGAGGGGAGGCCUAGUCCGACAUCUUCUUCCCUCGUAAGCCCGUUCUCUGUUGGCUUGUCCGCUCUCGCUCUCGGUCUCGUCUCGGUUUCAUCCCUCCACGACGACGGAGACGCGGCUCUUCUCAUUCGAAAUUUCCAUUUGAACCGGAGCUAGUCCACAGGCAAGCGGAGCAGUCGUUGGCGCGUGGGCGCGGAGGCCGCUGUGGGCGGGAGGAGCUGCACAACAGUAAGAACACCGCUCGGAGCGACGGGGAGACGACAAUUGUACGCAUUUCAGCUCUUUACGCGCAGCCGGGACGGACGGACGGACUUCUCCCUUGCCCUGCGUGAGCUGGAAAGCGAUCACGUGUCCCGCCGCAUGAGCAAGAACCAGCGAGAAUCUCCGGGCCCAAAGAAUUGCCGAGCAAAGAAGAUCCCCGCCCCCCGCAGUCGUCUCCACUGACAUGGCGUCGAGCGGUUGGAUCGUAGCGCAGCCCAGGGGCUGAAUUCGUCUUCCUUUUCUCCCCGCUUCGUGAUCUUGAUGGAGUCGGGUGGCUCCCUUCGUCGAGGUCUUCGCCGCGUAUGUUGAGGAUUUCCCGUGCAUGCGAUGCGAUGAGGUCGCGGAAGGAGUGACGCACUACCGUAAAACUGGAUCCGAGUUUCGAAGUCUUCGAAAGUUGGAGAUUCGUUUUGGAGUCGGGCGGGGAGGAGGAGAUUUUCUUUUGCCCGCGUUUUCGGAGAGUCGAUUGAGCGAGUAUGACGAGUCGAGGCAGAGUUUUUGCCAGGACCAUUCUGCGGUCCAUCUCUCAGUACCGCGAUCACAAUGUGCCCGCUGCUGCUUCAGCAGCCAAUUUGAUUAAGGACGAGGUGAAUUUGGCAAGACCCAGAAGUACAGGGCUGCUAAGCGGCACGUCUGAAAGAAGUGUCCUCGAUAAGGCACAAGGUGGGCCGGUUUGGUUUUACGCUGCCGCGGGAUUGAUGGCUUUUUCAACCACUACCGUGGGAAGUGCCAGUCCUCAUACUGACGCAGAGGAGAAGGGAAAAGAUUUCGGAAAGAUCGAUAACACAUCCUCAAGACCGAGAGUCGUAUUUGUUCUUGGCGGACCAGGGAGUGGAAAGGGCACCCAGUGUGCAAAGAUAGUUGACAACUAUGGAUUUAUACAUUUAAGCGCGGGAGAUCUCUUGCGAGCUGAAAUAAAGUCUGGCUCACCUAAUGGCAACAUGAUACAGAACAUGAUAAAAGAUGGGAAGAUUGUUCCUUCAGAGGUCACCGUCAAACUGCUGUUGAAAGCCAUGAAUGAGGCCACUACUGACAAGUUUCUGAUUGAUGGAUUCCCUCGCAAUGAAGAGAAUCGUCUUGCAUUUGAGAAGACUGGCCUUGAACCAGAAUUUAUACUCUAUUUCGAUUGUCCGUUAACGGAGAUGGAGAAGCGUCUUUUGGGGCGUAAUGAGGGUCGUGUUGAUGAUAAUAUAGACACGAUACGCAAGCGAUUUAAGGUCUUCAUUGAAUCCAGUCUUCCCGUUAUUGACCAUUACGAUAAACUUGGUAAAACUCGCAAGGUCAAUGCCACGAAGACGAGGGAAGAAGUUUUCAAGACAAUUGAGCCACUUUUUAAACCAUUUUUGGAAAAAUCAUCGUGUGAUGGGCUGAAUCAGACCAUCAUGCAAUAUUCGAGUGGAUCCGCAGUCCGAGAUUAAUCUCACUGAGGAAGUUGCAUAUGGUGAUUUUGUAGGUGUUGUGAUCUAGUCACGUCUGCAACCUCAGUACUCCCCAAUUUAUUCCGUCCUGUAAGAACAAAGCCUUAUGCUACUUCUGCUUGAUCUUCAUACAAUACUGAUUGGAUGAGGACAGAGGAACCUGGUUGGGAAAAGAGGUUUGAGGCGACGUUGAAAACCUUUGGAUACUUGAGCUUUUUGUUUUCCUCAGUAUCCAAUGACGAAUUGGCUCAAGGCUUACAGUUAAUCACUGACUUUAUGUGAUCAGCAGUUGAAGGAAGCUUUUCAAUUCUAUAUUAGACGAAGGACCUGAAGUUAUAUAGCAGUGAGUGAGGUUAUCAUGUACAUUGCAUAACCUCGAGUGAGAAUUCGCAUGAACAAGUUAGAUUCAGAUUUGCUAAAAUGCAAACACUUUGCAUCUAGUUGCAGGUGGAUUCAAAAAGGUUCUACCUUUAAAGGUCCCAAACCUUCAAUGACAUCAAACAUUGUACCUGAAGUGAAAAAUUGUAGUUUAGAGAUAACACUAUCUCCAAACUACAUAUCUGUCACUCUUAUUACAGUUUUUGAUGGAGCGAGUUCAUCAUAGUAUGUUCCGAAAACCUUCAAUCGGAUUUUGGUGUUGUUUGUGUGAUUGAGGAUAUACUGCCGUUGUGAUCACUAACAAGCUAUUGGACUUGGUGGAAGUCUAGCGGAAGAAUAUAUAGAAUAUUCGAAAAUCUUAUCCUGAAAUAUUUUGCUUUAUUGCUGCUGUACACACGAUGCUAGAGACGCAAACUAUUCAAUAUUGGUCUGAGAUAGUGGACAGAGAGAUGUCAAUUUACAAGAGAUAUCACUGAUCUGUAUUAUUUGUUUUAUCACCAUCAUUUUAUAAUUUAAUUUUGGUCCUCUUUUUAAUUACUGCGAGGCCUGGACUAUACGGCUGUAGUCUAACAAACGUCAAAUGUUAGAGCUAUUGCGUUUAAUCGUCAUAGAAUGGAUAUGGUGUAGAUGAAAUGUGAGCAAGAGGAAAACAAUGUGCAGUUGUGUUGACUCGUAUUGGAUAACACACAAUUGAAUUUAGAGCAGCUCUUGAGAAGAUGGGUCCACAAAGAAAGGAUGUCAGCUACGAUAGACUUUCUUGAGUAUUCUCAUUGUUUGCCCCAUUGUUUAUCUCCAUAUCUAUUAUAUGAUCAGUUGGAGAGACUGCAAACAAAAUUGAUGUAGUUGGAAAUGUAGCAAGCGGUAUACAACCACCAACAAUGUAAAGAUAGCAUCAAAAGAUGCAAUAUUAUGGC